AUGUCUUCAACCACGGAGAACCUGAAGCUCCAAUUCCCGGAUCUGGAAUGGCAGAAGCUGCCUGACCCCAAACACCACCAAGCAUACGUCUACCAUGGCUUCAUGCCCGAAAAGACAACCAUCAAGAAGGGUCACAUGCGCGCUCCUGGGCGUCGGCCAUUUCUUUCAGAUACCAUAUAUGAGAGAGACGUAGGCAUUCCUCUGCGCGAUGGCGUCAUCCUCUACGCUGAUAUUUUCCGACCUGUCGAGUCGGAUCAUCAGCACAAAGUGCCUGCCAUUCUUCCAUGGAGCCCUUGUGGAAAGACUGGAACUGGCACAGAGCAAUACGAGAGCCUCGCGCCCUUCCGUGCCGGCCUACGGCUGGAUCAGACGUCCGGAUACGACAAGUUUCAAGGCCCCGACCCUGCCGACUGGGGCCAGCAAGAGGCUGAAGACAUCUACAAUGCGAUUGACUGGGCCUCGAAGCAGGCGUGGUCUAAUGGAUGCAUCGACAUGGCUGGUACAUCAUGGCUGGCCAUCUCUCAGAUAAACUUUGCGUCCCGCCUGGCGCAUCCGGCCCUCAAGGCCCUGGCGCCCUGGGAGUCCCGUAACGACAUCUACAGGGACACUCUGGCACGCGGGGGCAAGAAGCAUAACCCGGCUCUUCACAAGUUUCUCUUGGCUGGCUUUGCCGGCCCAAAUACGGUUGAGAACAUGCCGGCGAUGCUUCCAAAGCAUCCCCUGUACGACGAAUACUGGGCCAGCAAAUACAUCCACACCGAGAACAUCACGGUGCCGAUGUCCGUCGUCGCCUCCUACUCCUCUCAGCUUCAUAGUCGCGGCGCCUUUCAUACAUUCUGGACUGCAAAGUCUGCCUAG